AUGAUUCCGCCACGUCCCCCAGAGCCAGUCAACCUGGCACUUGCAGCGUCCGCCCCACAUGAUCCGGAGGCAGGAAACGCCGGUCUCGAGUCGGAUGCAUCACUCGACUCGUCAGAAUAG